GCAGAUAGAGAGAGAGAGGGAGUGAGAAAGAAUCCCAAGCAGGCUCAGCACCAUCAGUGCAGAGCCUGAUGUGGGGCCUGAGCUCACAAACUGAGAUCAUGACCUGAGUUGAGACCAAGAGUCUGUCACCUAACGGAUUGAGCCACCCAGGCACCCCAAGAUUUGGAUUUCUUUAACAAAUCUCUCCUGGCGUAUUUGCGCAUGUUCAACCCCUUGGUGCUUUCCAGCAGCUGGUGAAGAUUCUCUGAAAGCCAAGACCAGUGGUUGAACGUGCAGGCUUGGACUUAGAGCCCAAAUCCAGGCCCCACCACUUGCCAGCUGUGCUACCUCAGACAUGAGCCUCUGCUCUCUGAAUCUCAUGCUGCUUGUUAUCGAAAGAGCGUACUGAUAUCUCGGCCACGGGACCGUGUGAAUCAGGUAGGAAGGUGGGUGUGCCAGGGGCUCAGCGCUGGGGCUGUCAUCGAGUGCGUGCCCACCCCGUUCAGUGCUAACACCGAACUACGAGAUACUGCCUGUUUUGUAGAUUCAAAGCUUGAAAUCUGGGGAGAGGAAAGCCAGUGACGCCCCGAGCAGCUGAGUUCGCCUGAAGGGAAUUGGAGCGUAGAGCCCAGGAGUCCUGACCCGCUGCCUUGCCUCCUGCAGGUCUGUAGGACGGUCCCGCGGGUGGCUCUACGUGGAGACGAAGUGCCCAGAGUGGUUCCUUCCAGGUGUCUUCUUCCUGCCCCCACCAAAGCCUGAGCCUCACCUACGCCCACAGCUGCCCUGCAAGUUCAUCAUGCUGACGGAAGACAUGAAGUUCUGGCAUGGCUUAGUGAUCGCAGUGGUGUCCCUCAUUCUACAGACCUGCCUCUUCGCUGCCAUCAACUACCUGCUCAGCAGGCACAUGGCCAGCCAGAGUGAGCGGAUCCUGAAAGGGGCCAGGCUCCAGGCCCCCUGGCCCAGCCCUGCGCGUCAGCCAUGUGCUGCCACGGAGGAGACGCGAAGCGCUCCUGUGCCUGCGCCCCGUCACAGGCAUGACAGUGACACGUCCUCAGAUAGCUCCAACAGCUCGGACGUCUCCGGCAGCUUGCCUCCCACCUGCCAGGCCACCAAGGAUGUGAAUUACACACAAGUGGUCUUUUCAGCCCCUGGAGGACUAAAAACUGAACCUGCCUUGGACUAUGAGAACAUAAAGGAAACCACAGACUACGUCAACGUCAAUCCAAAAAGCCACAGGCCCAAUUUCUGGACUUUUGUGACCCCUGCUAACUCUGAGUCGGUAGAAUACACUCAGGUGGCCAUGUGAAUUGUAGGGUUUUCAUGGGGUGCAGUUCUCUACAAAUUCUUGCACUCAUUUUGGAAGGGAAUGACUGUUUUUUGUUUUAUUUUGUUUUGUUUUGUUUUAAACAAGGCAUAGGAGAAUAAGUAGGCCUGUAUCUCACUCAGGAAGAAAGAUUCAGGUCAGCUGUCAAGUAGAACUUCCAGGAUAAGUAUGAAUGAGUGGAGAUAUCAGUAGAGAAAGCGGUAAUGUCUUUCUCCACAGAAAAUUGUGGGGAAAAAAAAUGUUUGAUCAGCUGUAGCAGAGUUCUGUUUGGUAACCUUACCGUUAAAGUGACUCUCCGGGCUUUUUAAUUUUUUGGCAAUAAACAGCUUCCUUAAAAAUUUUAAAUGAAACGGCAACUACCAAUUCCUCUUUUCCUCGUGCCUAACCCUGCACGCUGCCCCUUUUCAGAGCUACGUCUAGCUGAGCAAUCCCGCUCUGCCCUCAGCACUUUAAAUAGGCCACUUAGAAAGCCCGCCAUCAUCCAACCUUCGAAUUCCCUGUUUUUUAGGGAACAAAAGAUGACAGACAGAGUUCUGGGUAAACACCAACUAGCAUCACAAUCUGGGAUUCCAGAGAAAAAUCUCCCCAAAUUCAAUCCAAUGGAAUGUAAUAUUCUUUUCUGGAUUGUUCUUUGUUUGUGUAAAGCCAAUUAGGAAUACAAGGGCACUUUCUUAGCUUGAUUAAAAUAGCUUGUCUCAGGGGCGCCACGGAGGCACAGAUGGUUAAGCAUCAGACUCAUCUUGGCUCAGGGCAUGAUCUCACGGUUCGUGAGUUCGAGUCCCACAUGGGGCUUUGUGUUGACAGCAUGGAGCCUGCUUGGGAUACUCUCUCUCUAUUUCUCUGCCCCUCCCUCUCUCUCUCUCUCAAAAUAAAUAAACAUUAAAAAU